AUGAAUAACAAAAGAAGGCGGUUCGUGAGCGUGAUUAAGUUGUGCGGUUACGAGCUCCCCACUCAUCGUAAUGAUGAACCUUGCUUUGCACUGGCCCCACCGAGUGCAUCUCCAGAUAUUGGUCCUGGCCCCGCGUACGCCACAGUAGAAAGUGUGACCACCGACUAUAGCCAGCUGCUUACCAGUCUUGUUACGGACGAAAACAACUGA